AUGCCUCCGCUCCCUCGCUACUCAUUUACCGGUCCCGUCGACCACACCAUUCUCCCUGACUGCACCAAGUUGAAAGGGAAAUCAGUUGUAAUAACAGGUGGCGCAAAUGGUAUGGGCGAAUAUUGUGUCCGGACUUUCGCCGCAGAAGGUGCUUUUGUGACCUUUGGAGACGUGAAUCCACGCGGCCACGAAAUCGCAAAGGAGCUCAACGCCAAACACGGGCGGGAAUGUACUGCCUUCAUCAAGGUGGACAUUCAGGAUUGGGGUCAGCAAAAUGCGAUGUUCGAGCUUGCAAAGCAGAAAACUGGAUUCGUGGACGUGGUCAUUGCGAAUGCGGGGAUUAGUCGCAGUUCAGGUGAUAGUUUAUGGAAUUUAGAUGACCCAAACGGAGACCCUACGAAGCCGGAACUAAGAAUUGUAGAUGUGAAUCUACGUGGUAAUUUCUACACGUGGAAGAUUGCCGUGCAUUACUUUAGGAAACAGUCGGACACAGAUGAUCGAGAUCGAUGUUUUAUUAUCACCGGAAGUAUGGUGGCGUGGAUCGAUUCACCGGGAAAUUGGGAAUAUACAGCGACGAAGUACGGACUUCAUGGCUUUAUGAGAACGGCUAGACGAUCGAGUUGGGAACAGGGUAUCCGCAUCAAUUACGUCGCUCCAUGUUGGAUCAAAAGCGCGAUAAGAACGGCAGAAUACGAGAAAUGGCUUGUAGAUCGAGGCAUUGAAUUUGGAGAGCAGAAAGAUGUAGCCUCCUGCAUGAUGAGGCUAGCUUGCGAUCAAACUAUUAAUGGCCACUCUCUCAUGAUCGUCCCACGAUCAGUUGCAAAGGAGGGGUACAUGGACGUGGGCAAAGACGACUAUGUAGAAGAAGGAUACUUUAAGAAAACGCAAGAGACUCAGCUGGUCAUUAUCGAGGAUAAGUGGCUGGACGACUACAAAGUGAGAAUAUAUAAAGAGUAGCAGUGAGAUAGCUGCUAAUAUCAGCACAGCCACAAGGACGAAGUCCCAAAAGAACAGAAUUUAGAUAAAUGAAACGCUCAAAGCAUCGCAGUGUAUUGGGAAUCCACAUCUGUUCCAGUUAGAAGCUAUAGACAUCCAUUGCAGAGUUUUGGUCCAGGGAAAGUUGUGUGACCAUCCCAGACCAACGAAUCCA